GUUGAAAGUUCCACAAGACAGUACAAGUCAGAUUGGCAAAUUAGCUCCAUGGAUUUCAUACUGAACAUGUGUUCUUCAUUCAGGGUGGCAAAAUCGAUCAUUAGUCAUAACAUAUUACUGUGGAGAACCCUCAGCCAAUGGAUUGGUAGUUGGAUAAGUAUGGCUGUGGCAGUUGUGUCGUUUGGAGUUGAGAAGCUUUGGGAGCUUCUCAGUCGAGAAUCUGCGCGAUUGAAUGGAAUAGAUGAGCAAGUUGAUGGACUAAAGCGUCAGCUGGGAAGGUUACAGUCGUUAUUAAAAGAUGCAGAUGCUAAGAAAAAUGAAACAGAAAGGGUGAGAAACUUCUUGGAAGAUGUCAAGGACAUUGUUUAUGAUGCUGAUGAUAUAAUAGAAUCGUUUCUUCUGAACGAACUUAGAGGAAAAGAAAAAGGUAUCAAGAAGCAGGUGAGAAGACUUGCUUGCUUUUUAGUAGAUCGCCGGAAAUUUGCUUAUGAUAUCGAAGGUAUAACUAAGAGGAUCUCUGAGGUGAUUGUGGAAAUGCAGAGUUUAGGGAUACAACAUAUUAACGAUGGUGGUGGACGUUCACUCUCUCUUCAAGAAAGACAAAGGGAGAUCCGACAAACAUUUUCUAAAAACUCUGAAAGUGAUCUUGUGGGGUUGGAUCAGAGUGUUGAAGAAUUGGUUGAUCAUUUGGUGGAGAAUGAUAACAUUCAAAUGGUUUCUGUAUCUGGUAUGGGCGGUAUUGGUAAAACCACACUCGCUAGACAAGUUUUUCAUCAUGACAUUGUCCGACGCCAUUUUGAUGGAUUCUCAUGGGUUUGUGUUUCGCAACAGUUUACGCGAAAAGAUGUUUGGCAGAGGAUCUUGCAAGAUCUUAGACCAUAUGAUGAGGAUAUUGUACAGAUGGACGAAUAUACACUCCAAGGUGAACUCUUUGAAUUGUUGGAAACUGGUAGAUUUCUGCUUGUCCUCGAUGAUGUAUGGAAAGAAGAAGACUGGGACCGAAUAAAAGCGGUGUUUCCACAUAAAAGAGGUUGGAAAAUGUUAAUUACUUCCCGCAACGAAGGUCUUGGUUUACAUGCGGAUCCAACAUGUUUUGCCUUUAGACCAAGAAGCCUUACUCCCGAAGAAAGUUGGAAGCUAUUUGAGAGGAUAGUAAGCUCUAGGAGAGACGAAACUGAAUUCAGGGUUGAUGAAGCCAUGGGAAAAGAAAUGGUCACAUAUUGUGGAGGACUACCGUUAGCCGUUAAAGUGUUGGGAGGGUUGUUAGCUAAGAAACAUACAGUUCUCGAGUGGAAAAGAGUAUAUAGCAAUAUUGGAACUCAGAUCGUAGGAAAAUCUGGGGUAAAUGACGACAAUCCCAAUUCGGUUUACCGAGUAUUGUCUCUAAGUUAUGAAGAUCUGCCUAUGCAGUUAAAGCAUUGCUUCCUUUACAUGGCCCAUUUUCCUGAAGAUUAUAAGAUAGAAGUAAAGACAUUGUUCAAUUACUGGGUUGCGGAAGGAAUAAUAACGUCAUUUGAUGAUGGAUCAACCAUUCAAGAUAGUGGAGAAAACUACCUAGAUGAGCUAGUGAGGAGAAAUAUGGUUAUUGUUGAAGAAAGCUAUUUGACUUCCAGAAUAGAGUAUUGUCAAAUGCAUGACAUGAUGAGAGAAGUAUGUUUAUCUAAAGCCAAAGAAGAGAACUUUCUUCGAAUUGUCAAAGUCCCUACAGCUACCUUGAAUACCAUCAAUGCUCAAUCUCCUUGUACAUCUCGCAGAUUUGCUCUACAUAGUGGUAAUGCACUUCAUAUGCUGGGACAUAAAGACAAUAAAAAAGCCAGAUCUGUUUUGAUUUUUGGAGUUGAGGAAAAUUUUUGGAAGCCUCAAGAUUUCCGAUGUUUGCCAUUGCUUAGAGUGUUAGAUCUUUCUUACGUACAGUUUGAAGAAGGGAAGUUACCAUCCAGCAUUGGAGAUCUCAUUCACUUGAGAUUCUUGAGCUUAUACGAGGCUGGGGUAUCUCAUAUACCUUCUUCUCUUCGAAAUCUAAAGCUUCUGCUCUGUUUGAACUUAGGUGUUGCUGAUCGGUUACUAGUUCAUGUGCCAAAUGUUUUGAAAGAGAUGAAAGAACUGAGAUACCUUCGCUUACCUCGUUCAAUGUCUGCUAAAACCAAGUUGGAAUUACGCGAUCUAGUGAACUUGGAGUCGUUGACGAAUUUCUCAACGAAACACGGCAGUGUGACGGACCUCCUCCGUAUGACUAAGCUCAUGGUUCUCAAUGUGAUUUUCAGUGGCGGAUGUAGUUUUGAAAGUCUAUUGUCAUCUCUUGGUGAAUUGAGAAAUCUGGAGACGCUUAGUUUUUAUGAUUUCCAAAAAGUUAGUGUGGCUGAUCAUGGCGGAGGACUCGUUCUUGACUUUAUUCAUCUAAAGGAUUUAACCUUGUCAAUGCAUAUGCCAAGGUUUCCAGAUCAAUACCGAUUCCCUCCCCAUCUUGCGCACAUAUGGCUAAUCGGAUGCCGCAUGGAGGAAGAUCCGAUGCCGAUUCUAGAAAAGUUGCUUCAUUUGAAAUCGGUUUAUCUUUCAUCUGGUGCAUUCUUGGGAAGUAGAAUGGUGUGCUCGAAAGGCGGAUUUCCUCAACUACUUGCUCUAAAAAUGUCGUAUAAAAAAGAGUUGGUAGAGUGGAGAGUAGAAGAAGGGUCGAUGCCAUGUCUUCGUACUUUGACGGUAGAUAAUUGCAAAAAGCUGAAGCAACUUCCGGAUGGGCUCGAAUACGUAGCUUCCUUAAAAGAACUGAAGAUAGAAAGAAUGAAGAGAGAGUGGACUGAGAGACUGGUACUAGGUGGGGAAGAUUACUACAAAGUUCAACACAUUCCCAGUGUACAAUUUAUCAACUGUGACCACUAAAUGAGCACUAAUUGCAGGUGAAACUUGUUUCUGUUUAUGUCCAAUAAAAACUGACGUUUUGUUCUUCUUAGUUCUUACCUUGAUUUGGUUUUGUAAAAGAUUUACAUAU